AUGCGUUCCAUAAUAAUGCUGCUCGCCACCACAACAGCAGUAAUGGCCUACGGUCAGCGGCAGAGCUCCGGUUAUGAGACUGCUGAGUUAUAUCAACCACCACCUGCAAUUCCUCCUAACGCUGACGGUGGCUAUCAACAGGCAUACAAUUCCGACGGUGCCUCAGUAGCAAAUUCUUCUCCACCACCCACUUCGUCUCCUCUCCCGCCUUCAUCUGUUGCACCUGUUACUAACACUCCCGUGACUACGACUACAGAAGCGGUUUUGCCUCCAGCUAUUCCGGUUGGCAUCAACGGAGGGAACACCGGUGUUCCACAGACAGAUUGUAUACGUCAGAUUCCCGUCGCCACCAAUGGAGGACUCGACGUUAACUCAGGAUCGGCUCCCGUCGGCACCAAUGUAGGAGUUAGUGGUGUUAACGCUGUUAACAUUCCCGUCGCCCCCAGUGGAGGGUUAAACGGUGUUAGCAUUCCCGCCGCCACCAAUGCAGGAGUCAGCGGUGUUAACUUAGGAGUAGUUCGAGUCGUCAGCGGAGGACUCAACAGUGUCAAUAUUCCCGUCGGCACUAAUGGAGGACUUAAUAGCGUUAACCUGGAAGCAAUUCCCUUCGCCACGAACGAAGGACUAAACAGUGUCAACGUUCCCUUCACUACUAAUGCAGGGAACAGUGCUACUUUAGGAUUGAUCACCGCUGGCACCAAUGGAGGGUCCAACAGUGCUAGUUCAGGAGCGGUUGUCGUCGGCGCCAAUGGAGGACUCAAUGGUGUUAAUUCAGGAGUAAUUCCCGUUGCCAACAAUGCAGGACUUAGUAGUGCUACCAUAGGAGCGGUUCCCGUCGCCAACAAUGGAGGGUUAAACAGUGUCAGCAUACCUUUCGCCACCAAUGGAGGGCUCAAUGGUGCUACAGCGGCUGCCACCGGUACCAAUGGAGGGCUCAACGGUGCUACUCUAACAGCGAUUCCCGUCGGCAGCAAUGGAGGACUCAACGGUGCUACUACAGGAGUGAUUACCUUCAGCAACGGCAAUGGACUCAGAUGGCGCCUUUUCCGCCAAGGCGCAGACAAUUCGUAA